AUGACACCCAAACUCCCCAAACCAUCCAGUCCCUCUCAUUUCCAUCACAUGUACACUUACAGAGUACAACCACAGCUGAUGUCGUUUCCCUGCUUGUGCCGCGACAGCUUAUCGGUCGACUUACAGACCGAGCCCCCCAGUCUUGUGCGUCUCAGGCUCCAGGGAGAAGACGGUGCCCGCGUUACACUCCCGCGACAAGUGAGCUCUGGUGGCUUCUUUAGGGAACGGCGGCAGGGGAGGACGCUUCGGAGGGGUAUAGACCUUGGAUUUACAGAAGCAAGUGAAAUACGCAGAAUACUCGAGAAUAAGAUAGAAAUUUCCGAUCUCCCGGACAAUGCACCUCGCUCCCAUCCGAAAGGGAUCCUCAAACCGCCCACGUUGAGGUUUCCCUUCGGGGAAGAACUACUUGAUCAGCCUGCUCGCAGCCGCAAACCCAAUUUUCUCCGUCUCAGAGCUGGCGACAAGGAUCGUUUCCGCAUGUUUGCCUCACGUGUGAUCAGGAUCCCGGCCUUUGGAACAAGUGAUGCACCUGCGGAGAAGUUCCAAGGAUCGUCUGUUGGGGCUAAGAUUCAGGUCAAGGCGGGAGACGUGUUCCUUGUUCGGGAGCGCGCUGCGCGAGAUUCUAAAGGAUCAAAAUAG